CGGACGGACAGAGGGACUCAGGCACCGAUGACGGCAGGACACUGCAGUCCCUCCGUCACUCUGUCAGUCAGACAUGCGGACGAUGGAUAAUCAUGAGGGUCAGACCUCCGGCAAAGAGAGCCAAGAAACGCUGACACGGCGCAGAGACGAGGGCCGUACGUCAGUCGUCUCUGCGCGAGGCCCCUCUUCCCCACCUCGCCCCCCUGCCUUUCCCCAUACCCCGCCUCAUCGCCGCCGUCGUCUCCUCCUUUCCCUCCUUUCACUCACUCCCCCCAUCCUCCUCUCUCAAGAACACUGAAGGAGCAGCAACCACAUCUCGGUAUCCUACGCAUUUCAGCGCAAGCCUCUCCUCGACCAUCCUCUUCCAGCCCAUCUUGCGAGACUUGCCUCACUACUUCUUAGCCCAACUCACUGCCACAAGCACCUCUCUCUCUACCCACAAUGGUGUUCCAGCUACCCGUCCUCACUGGCAAUGCCAUUCGAGGAAAGACUCUCACUGCAGCCGUUGCCAUGAUCGCCUCGACUGGCUUCCUGCUCUUUGGUUACGAUCAAGGAGUCAUGAGCGGUCUCAUCAACACCACUCAGUUCUACGACACUUUCCCCACCAUCACCGAGCUCACCGAUCCUACCACAGGUGAUUCUCUCAACCCUCGCUUCCAAUCGGCAGUACAAGGCGCCGUUGUUGCCAUCUAUGAGAUCGGCGCCCUGCUUGGAUCCCUCAUCAUUCUAUGGAAGGGAGAUGCCAUGGGCCGUAGGACAUCGAUCGCCAUUGGAGCCACCAUCAUGACUGUCGGCGCUGUGAUCAUGACUGCAUCUUUCGGCCUUGCCCAGUUCACAGUGGGACGCAUCAUCACAGGUAUCGGCAACGGAAUGAACACCUCUACCAUUCCCAUGUGGCAGUCCGAGCUCUCGAAGGCCCACAACCGUGGAAUGCUGGUCUUGGUCGAGGGAGCAUUGAUUGCAGGCGGUAUCAUGUUGUCCUACUGGAUCGACUAUGGCUUCUACCAGAUCAAAGACUCCUCGGUAUCUUGGCGAUUCCCGCUCGCCUUCCAGUGCGUCUUUGCGAUGACGCUCCUGCUCGGUGUCCUCUGUCUACCCGAGUCUCCUCGAUGGCUGGUCAAGAAGGGCCAUUCAGAGCAAGCCGCCAAGAUCUUGGCCCAGGCCGAUGACACCACCGUAGACGACCCUGCCAUCAAGUCCAACCUCCGUCAACUCGAGGAGUCCAUCUUCGCCUCGGAGCAGCUCAUGGGUGACUUCUCGUACAAGGAGCUCCUCACCAAUGGUCCAGAGCAGAACUUCUACCGAACCUGCAUCGCAUUCACCGCUCAAGCAUUCCAGCAGCUGAGUGGCAUCAACUUGAUUACAUACUAUGCAACGACGGUCUUUCUGUCCAUCCAACCGAAUGACAACAUCGCUCGAUUGCUCACCUGCGGCAAUGGCACCGAGUACUUUGUGGCAUCCGUUGUGGCCCUCUUCUUGAUCGACACACUGGGCAGGAGGAAGCUCAUGAUGGGUACUGCCUUCCUGAUGAGCGCUUCGAUGGCAGUGUUGACAGGAACCGUCUACAAGGUCGAGAACUCGCCAAUUGGCAGUGGCGGUGCAUCGGCCAUUGUUGCUGCCAUCUUCCUCUACCUCUUCAACACUUGGUUUGCACUUGGCUGGCUGGGCAUGACUUGGCUCUACCCGCCCGAGAUCACGCCCAUCAGAAUCCGUGCUCCGGCGUCUGCCAUUGCCACCUCGAGCAACUGGAUCUUCAACUUCUUGAUUGUCAUGAUCACCCCUCCUGCAUUCAGCUCCAUUGCCUACCAGACGUACAUUAUCUUUGCCGUCCUCAACAUGGCCUUCAUCCCCGUCAUCUGGGCCUUCUUCCCUGAGACGAAGCGACGUGGUCUGGAGGAGAUGGACUUGAUCUUUGCCGAGGCCAACGAUCAGGGCUUCUGGAGUGCCAAGUAUUUCAUGACGCAUGCUUGCCGCCUGUCUAUCACCAAGCCGCACAUGACGUCCGAAGAGCUGGACGAGGAGCUGGUCAGGCGCUUCGGCAAGGACGCUUCUACCGGCGCUCAGCAGCCCGUUGGCGAAAAUGCUCCCGACAAGAUGGAGUCUGUCCUUGAGAAGAGGGCGGCAGAGGGAGCUGCCGAAGACAACAAGACGACGAGUGUCGGACACGAUGGCGCUGCUAGCACUCGCUCAGGCUCUGCCGCAUCUCAGUGAUGCGGACGUCUAGUUGAGAUAUGCUAGGCCACAACCUUCCCGAGCAGAGAUCAUCCGGACCAGCAGCAGCGAUUUACUCACCAUACCUUUUGUACCGAAACUAUAGACUCGGACGUGCUUGCUCUCUUGCAGACCCUGACUGCUUGUAGACGAUGCCUCCUACUGCCUCUGCGUUGAUUGCUACCUUCGAAGAUGGCUUCCUUUCGUCACGAAGAAUCUAGCAUGAGCACAUCUAUGGCACUUUUAUGCAUGUUUCACUUUCUUUUUCCCCCUCUGUGCGUCUCGGUCAUGUCUUUGAUCAUAGCGGUGUGUCGGUUCAACAGACGUUUGUCUCGUCUCGUGUACACCUUCACAUGUCCGCACAUGUUGAUACAAGCAAUACACUUCACAGAUUCAAAGCCCUUGGGUG